GCAAAAAAGGCUGCAAAAAGUCUUCUUUCUGGUUUGCGACGAAAAGAGAAAGUGCUGGCAUAAGCAAACACUGCACGCAUUUUAUUUUGUGAUCUGCGGUCGUCAUUAUUUUCCUUGUGUGUCCAUAAAUAUAAAUUUCCCGUGCGCAAGACCUUACAGUGGUGAGUGUUGUAAAGUGAUAAAAUUGAAAAUUGCUGCUGGGGGAGGCUGCGAGGAAGAUGAUGAUGGCUUGCGAAUAAGAUUAGGUGAAGCCGCGACAGAUUCGUCUGUCAUAAAAUCGAAAAGUCAUACCAGCAAAGCGAGCCCCUCCGAUGGUACCGAGGAGUAUUGGACAAUAGCAACGGGACGGAUUUGAUUGCCUGCGUGGUGUGUGUGUGUGUGUAUGAUAAGAGCGAAGGUGUGGACCCUCGAGUGUGGCUUGAUAACGAUAAGGUCCCGAUCGGCGGUGGUGGAGGUGGAGGGUAAUAUGUGGGGCUCCCUGUGAGGUGGCUGUUUUGGUGCGGAAUUAUUACGUGAGAUUUGGCAGAACGCAAUAGAAGAACGAACGGCCUUCGAGCUGGGUGAAUUAAAUCUAGGUCAGAUAUUGCCGAUUUUGUUAGCGCUGUUUGCCAACUUGGAGGAAGCUAGCAAGAUUUGGGCUAAGAUACGGAAGAAGAUGGACGGGAGUAGUGUGGGGAGUUCCGGAAGUGGACCUGCGAGUGGUUCCGGAGGAAAUGGUGGGCGAGGCAUGCGGGAAAGUGAAGACAGUGGCGACGAGAAUGCCCUUGGGAUCAAUGGGCAGUCACGGUUGAUGCUGCAGUCAGAUACGUUGAGGAGCAGCGGGAGUGGUCAGAAGAAAUCCUGGUCCGAGUUGAAAGCUAUAGUGAACGACAUGAGACGACAGAUGGCUUCCUUGGCGAGCAUGUUUCCAAUGAAUGUCAAUUUUAGAACGCUGUCCGAUGGAAGGACACGGGUGUAUUUUCUGAGUCCGCCGCCGUCAAAUGGGUGGGAUACGGUCCUGUUCUAUGCGGAUGUCCCUCAAAGCGAAACAGACACUCGGGCUCCGAUGCGACUCGAUUGGAGUCCUGUGCUGGAACCGAUAGUGUCCCAUUUGUCGGCUAGCAACUCUCGCGAGGUUCAGUUGCUACUGGAACGGAAGCGAUUGUCGAUAUGGGGCAUCACUUCCUACGAGCUGCAUAAAUCGAGCGGGAAAAUAGUGUUUCCCGCAUGCAACACCUUGUACCAAUGCUUGGACACUGGUUACGGUGAAGGAACACUGUUCCCGUCGGAAUUGAGAAUUUUCCAGCGAUCAGCUGCCAUAGACCCGCAGAUUUGUCCCCAGAACUCUGAUCUCGUAGCGUACGUUUGCAAUGGGGACAUUUGGGUCGUUCACACUCUUAGCGGCCACAGCGAACGGUUGACUUUCGCUCACGACGGGCGAAGGUCAUUCGCCGAGGAUCCCCUGACGGCCGGAGUACCUUCUUACGUAAUGCAGGAGGAAUUCAGCCGCUAUCAGGGAUUCUGGUGGCAACCGAAUAGCACCGAUAAGAUCUAUCGGAUAGUCUACGAGGAAGUGGACGAGAGCGAUGUUAGCCUGUACACGUUCCCAUCGUCCCAAUCCGUGGGUGGAGAUUACGAAGAGUACCGGUUUCCCCGGGCAGGAUCACCGAAUGCCAAGUCCAAGCUGAAGCUGGUACAGUUUCGGCUGUCCGAGUCGCUGAAAAUCGUGGAUGCCUGCAUCAAGGAGCUGCAAUGUCCACUGACGUACGCUUUUCCGUGGCUGGAGUACGUCGUCCGAAUCGGAUGGACGCCGGAUUCGAAUUACGUCUGGGCCCAAUUAUUGAACCGUGUUCAGCAACGGUUGGAUUUGGUACUGAUUCCGGUGGAUAACUUUUGUGAGCUGUACAGCAGUUCAUCUCCUUCGCCAACGGCAGGCGGGAGCCACGGCACUGCCGCAACCACCAUGAAACCUUGUUCUUCCAACGACUACUGGAAACUCCCAUUGGAUCGUUCGACGCGUCCCAUGCAGGUCAUCUUCACGGAAACCUCCAGCAAUUGGGUGAAUGUGCACGAUGUACUGCAGUUUCUCGAAAUAACCGACAACUCGGUAACCUUCCUCUGGGCUACGGAGGAAACCGGCUUCCGGCAUCUGUACUUGGUAACCUCUAGUCUUGCCUCGAAUGGCAGUAGCAGCAGCAGCAGCAGCAACGGUAGCACCACUAAGAUCAAUCACACUGUCGACAAUAGUAACAGCAAUCACUGUCAUCACAUGGAAGGUGCUUUCGGCGGGGAAAGGACCACUAGCAGUCACGUUCAUCAGCAUUAUCAUAAUCAUACGGGUGCUGGGAGCAGCAACCUUGAUGGCUGUGGAACAUUGCUACCUCGCAUUAUAAAUAAGGUGGCGUUAACCUCCGGCGAUUGGGAAGUCCUGGGACGUAACGUUUGGUUUGACGUGCAGCAUCAGUUGGUGUACUUUAUGGGCCUGCGGGAGACUCCCCUGGAGAAGCACCUCUACGCCGUUAGUCUGCUGAAACCUAACUGGCUUCGAUUGCUCACCGUUCCCGGAUACUCAUUCACCAUAGAAUUCAACGACGACUGCACUAUGUUCCUGCAGACGUACUGCAAUAUAAAAACGCUGCCAUCGUGGGAACUGGUACAGAUCAAGCAAACCUGUCCGGACGGUAGCGUUUCUGGACUGGAACUGACCUCGAUGGGCUAUCUAUUCGAGGGUGGUCCAUCCGAAAACACUCAGUUCAAUCCAACCAUCUACAGCCCCCGGUUGGCAUCUGGUGAGACGAUUCACGCCAUGGUGUUCAAGCCGCACAACUUUACCCUCGGCGUGAAGUAUCCAACAGUGCUGAACGUGUACGGUGGACCGGAGGUGCAAACUGUCAGCAAUACCUUUAAGGGCAUGCGACAGCUACGAAUGCAUAUGCUUGCCGCCCAGGGAUACUGCGUGAUCUGUGUGGACUCGCGAGGCUCCCGGCACCGAGGUGUACAGUUCGAAAGUCACAUCCGCUGUCGGAUGGGCACGGUAGAACUGAACGAUCAGGUCGAGGUACUGAAGAUCAUCGCCGAACAGCUCGGGUACAUCGACAUGGAUCGGGUGGCCAUACAUGGGUGGUCCUAUGGCGGUUACCUGAGUCUGAUGGGUCUGGUGCAGUAUCCGGAAAUAUUCAAGCUUUCGAUUGCGGGAGCUCCGGUAACGAGCUGGGAGUACUACGAUACGGGCUACACCGAACGCUACAUGAACCUUCCGGACAAUAAUCGGUCCGGCUAUACGGCCGGAUCGGUGCUGAACUACAUCCACAAGUUCCCCGAUGAGGACAACCGACUGCUCAUCAUCCACGGUUUGAUCGACGAAAACGUCCACUUCUUCCACACAUCACAGCUCGUCAACGGACUGAUCAAGGCCAACAAGCCCUACCAGCUGCAGGUCUACCCGAACGAGCGCCACUCCUUACGCAAUCUGGAGGCCAGCAAACACUACGAAACCAAGCUACUGUCCUUCCUCCAGAACCACCUGUGAGUGUCCCCGUCUUCUUCCCUUCAUAGCCCCGAUGGUUUCUUUAGCCGCGCGCCUUUUGACCUCCUCUGUUUUCCUCGUCUAGUCCGCGAAUUUGUGCUUUCCCUGUAUGUUCUUUCCACGAGAAAAAAGCAUCGGAAAAAACGCUUGUUGUAACGUAAAAGUUUAGGUCUUGUGUAAAUUGUUGAUUGGAUGGAGAAGAGAUCGAAGAACGGUAUGCGGCAGUGUCUCGAUCAGAAUUGUGUACCUACCCUCGUAUAAGCAAUCUAUACUAUAAUCUAUAUUAGUAAUAGUAACCUUUGUUUAACUGUUAUGCUUUUGACUGAACCACCCUCCCCCCUCCCCCCGCGCGAAACUCCCCGAAAUCGACUGAAGCGAUUAUUUGCACAGCUACCUAUAUAGCGUAGAAAAUAGGAAUGAACUUCAUCGCCGCUACCAACAUUUAGCCAACGCAUAAGUCAUCUAGAUUUUAGCGCCAUUCAUUCGUACGGAAAAGGCUACCGAAUUACAGUAGAGCAUGGAAGGGAAGACAGAGCAGUGACGACAUUUUCUGGGCACCUAGAAAGAAGGAAAUUAAUGCAAAUAUAUGCAAAAGCGAUCGUCUAUUUUACUCAAAGCAAAAGCAAUUAGGCAAUACAUUGUAACGUGUUCUUUAUAUGUGUAGGACUUUUGUUUGUUUUUUUUUUAGCUUACAGAUACAGACAAAUAUUGAUGAAUAUGAUAGAAAUUGUGUAAAAUUGGUUUGCUAGCUGCGGAUUGUUUAUUUUUUUAAAUUAAUUGAUGAUUUUAUCCAAUUUUAACAGGCAGCCAGAAGAGAGAAUUAGUUGCUGUUUAGAGACCUUGCUUUGACUUUUCUUAGGGUAUAUUUUUCUAUAUAUAUAUACAUAUAUAGGAAAAGAGAAAGUUAUGCGUACAACAAAUAAAAUAUAACAAUAGAGCGGUAUAUGAAAGCAUUAAUGCUGACGUGAGAAGCAAAAUAAAGGUUUAACUCUCAACUCAUCAACAGUAGAAAUAUCAGAGCGAAAUAAUAUAUUUAUUGUGCACAAAAGUAUCCACUGCUGAAA